UAUAUUUGUAUUAUAAUACAAAUAAUAAAAUUUAGAUGAAAUUUAUGAUGACAACCGAAUAUUCGGCCAAAAAAUUUAUCUUUCACUAUCUAACAAUUCUGUUCUGAGACUCGAAAGGGUGCAUUUUUCUUCUAUAAAUAUGGAUGUUUAGCCAUAAGUUAACCAUCCAUCUUCCCAACUCGAGCAAAUCUUCUCCCAAACGUGCCACUAUGGAUGCAGAACUCCCCCUGCAAACAGUUCUCCUCCUCUCCACCAUCCUCUGCCUCUUAUUCCUCCUCUUCCUCCACAAGCGCCGCACCGGUCCAGGCGCACUCACCAACUGGCCCAUCGUCGGCAUGCUCCCCGGCCUCACAGUUAACCUCCACCGCCUCCACGACUUCUUGACUGACCUCCUCGGUCCCUCCGGCUGCACCUUCCUUUUCCGCGGCCCAUGGUUCUCCGGCAUGAAGUUACUCUUCACGUGCGACCCUGCUAACGCCAACCAUAUCUUCAACGUUAACUUCCACAACUACCCCAAAGGCCAUAAAUACUCUGAGAACUUCGAUAUCCUCGGCGAAGGCAUCUUCAACGCCGACGAUGAGUCAUGGAGCAGCCAGCGCAAGAAGGCUCAUAUCCUCAUUGCCCAACCCCGCUUUCGGGCCUUCGUCACAUCUCCAGCCGAGACAAAGUUGACAACUUUCUCCUUCCUCUGCUGCGGCAAUAGCGAGCAAAAGAAAAUAAUUGACCUGCAAGAUGUCUUUUUGAGAUUAACAUUCGACGUCACUUGCAGGCUAGUAUUUGGCAUCGACCCCGCCUCUCUUUCACCAGAUUUCCACGUAGAGCCAUUCGCCAAAGGAAGUGACGACGCCAUGGCCACAAUUCUGCACCGCCAUGUUGUUCCGCCUUUAUGGUGGAAGCUCAUGAGGCGUCUCAAAUUGGGGAGAGAGAAGAAGCUUGCCGAAGCUUGGGUUGUCGCUGGCGGUGUCAUUGCAGCGAGCAUACAGAAGAGGAAGAAGGAGAGCAACCGCUCCGACUCCUUAAACGACAGUCUCCUCACGGCUUACAUCAAAGACGACUCUUUGGCCGGCGACAAGUUUCUCAGGGACACGACAUUGAGCUUUAUGAUUGCAGGGAGGGACACUAUCGGGGUGGCGCUUGCGUGGUUCUUCUAUUUGCUCUGCAAGAAUCCGGACAAGGAGGCGAAGUUGGUGGAGGAAAUAAGGCGUGGGGAGGCGACGGUGGGGGAGGAGAUGGUGUACUUGCAGGCGGCGCUUUGUGAGGCGCUGCGGUUGUACCCCCCUGUGCCGUUCGAGGAGAAGGGUGCGGUGGAGGCGGAGAUGCUGCCGAGCGGGCAGAGAGUGGAGCCGGGGAUGCAGGUGUUAUUUUCUACAUACACAAUGGGUAGGAUGCCGGGGGUGUGGGGGAAAGACUGCUUGGAGUUCAGGCCGGAGAGGUGGAUAACAGAGAAGGGGAAGAUGCGGCAUGAGCCGUCGUAUAAGUUUAUGCCGUUUAACUGUGGACCAAGGGCGUGUUUGGGGAAGGCGACGGCCUUUGCGGUGUUAAGGGAGGUGGUGGUGGCUGUAGUUAGGGAGUUUAGAUUGGAGAUGGUGGAGGGGCAAGUGGUGGAGCCCAAGUUGUCGAUCAUACUGCAUAUGCGGAAUGGGUUCAAGGUGAGGGUGAUGAGGAGGCACAGUUAAUUUGCCGUUUUUAGGGAAGAUAAAACCCUGUAAAAAGCCAAGUACAAUAUUGUAUGAAUAAGAUGGUGCCGGUGUAUUGCAUGUGAAUGUUGGAGACAAAAUUGCAUAAUCGAAUAAAAUAAAAUAAAAUUGCUGUUAUUUUCUCUUAGUAGGAUUUAUAUACAUACUGAUAGGAAAAUCCAAGCAAUUCCUAAUUUUAUUUGGGUUUAGGAUCACUUAGAAAUUAAACCACACCGCGGAAUAAUAGGAGCACAUCAAUUCGAGAA